AUGGAGUGUUACUACAUUGUCAUCAGCUCCACGCGGCUCCGCAACGGACACUUUCGCAACAUCAAGGGAGUUUUCCGGGGCCCCCUCAGCAAGAACGGGACCAAAACUCUGGAUUAUGCUGAGAAGGAAAACACCAUAGCAAAAGCUCUGGAAGAUCUGAAGGCCAAUUUUUACUGUGAACUCUGUGACAAGCAGUACUAUAAGCAUCAAGAGUUUGACAAUCACAUUAAUUCAUAUGACCACGCUCACAAGCAGAGGCUCAAAGAACUGAAACAAAGGGAAUUUGCUCGAAAUGUAGCAUCUAAAUCCAGGAAAGAUGAAAGAAAACAGGAAAAGGCACUCCAACGCCUGCACAAGCUGGCCGAGCUAAGAAAGGAAACUGUGUGCGCUCCUGGAAGUGGCCCCAUGUUCAAGUCAACAACUGUUACUGUGAAAGAAAAUUGUAGUGAGAUUUCCCAAAGAGUUGUCGUGGAUCCGGUUAAUAACCAGGAAGAUUUCAAAUACACUCUGAUUCAUAGUGAAGAGACUACUAAAGAUGUUACCACCGUCACUGCAGAUCCAGAAAGCACGAAUAAUCAUACAGCAAAACAUAACCAACGUGGGGAUCAAGCCCAAGGAAUUCACAGACACAAAAUUGGCUUUUCUUUCGCAUUUCCAAAGAAAGCGUCCGUAAAGCUGGAGUCCUCAGCUGCAGCCUUCUCUGAAUACAAUGAUGAUGCCUCUGUGGAAAAAGGAUUUAGCAGAAAAAGUAGAUUUGUCCCUGGUGCCUGUCAUCUUCAACUAUCUUCACCAACAGAUGUGCUUUUGAGUUCUGAGGAGAAAGCUAACUCUUUUCAUCCACCAGAAGGAACGUGUGCGGACAAAGAAAACGCUCAAACUCAAGAGAUGAAAGAAGUUUCUAGUGAGAAAGAUACAUUUUUAUUACCUUCACUUUGCCAGUUUCCACGCCCUUUAUCUUCUGAUGUAGAUAAUUGCCAAAAUUCAGUCCCAUUGGCAGAUCAAAUACCCCUGGAAGAUGCUAUUAUUAAUGAAGAGGUGCCUAUGAGCGAGAACAGUUCCGGGGUGUCAGGAAGGAAGUCCACAGGCCUUGACUUGGCGAAUGAUGGUGCAUCCUUGCAGGCUACCACAGAGGAAAAUGGUAAGGACAGGGAGGCAUCUGUAGUUGAAGUUGCGAAUAAAGAUUAUGGUCCUGAGAUGAUGUCGACCCCUUCAAAUUCUGAAGAGGAAAACAUAACCUUGCAUAAAAAAACAGAUUUAGGGAAGAGACCGUGUGAGCCGUUCGUACCCGUACUCAACAAGGACGGGUCCACGGUCCUUCAGUGGCCAUCGGAGAUGCUGAGUUACACAACCACUCAACCACCAGUGUCCUAUAGCUGCAAUCCUCUCUGUUUUGACUUCAAGGCCACUAAAUUAAACAGCAAUCUAGAUAAAAACAAGCUGCCCUCAACUGACCCUCCUUUCCAGCAGAAGCCAGAAGACAUUUGCAAGAGACCGGUUUCCGAAAGCAAGAGCGUGUCUACGGCAGGACAUGCAGGACUCCCUGAUGGUGACGUCGGAGGGGCCGGACAUGAGUGCUCCCAAGUCGCUCCUCUUUUGGUCGAUGACACCCCCUCCAAUACCUGCAGAUCUGGGAAAAAUGAGACUCCGGGUCAGAGGAAGAGAAGUGUUUCCUGUAGGAUCAGAGAAACAAAAAAAUACAAGCUCGCCAGGAACCAAAUGGAACAGGACACUCUGGACGAGAAAUACAACAACACAAGGUCGAAGGGUACCCACGAACACUGGUUCCGUAAAAGCAGAAGGAAGAAGAAGAGGAAAAAGUUGUGCCAGCGUCACCGCGGGGAGAAAACCAAAGAACCAGAAAUUCACUUCAAGGUGGAAUCGGGAAGUAGUUACACUGAUCUCACUGGGAAAAAUCCGCCGGAAACCAGUUGGGGACAGCGACAGGUGGCUGCAGGGCAGCCCUCGGACUCCCAUCAGUUACCUGGGAAUAGGCCCAAGCCCCGGUCCCCGAGUUUCAGCGACAAGGAAGGCGUGGGCCAAGCCCCAGGCGCCGGAUGCCCCAGCAGGGAGGCCCGCAGCUCCAAGCAUCAGUGCGCAAGGGACGCGGUGGCCCUGGACGUGGCAUCCAGUCCUGGGGCGUGCGCAGGGAGGCGCAGCCCAGCCACCUGCGGGGCGCCCUGCGGCUGGAGGCCCGGGCGGCCCACCUGUGACCCGAUCCCCAGGGGCCAGGCGCCCCCCGGCCCCCACAGCCAGGCGGUGAAGAGGGGCUACCACUCCCUCCUCAGCGAGCCCGAGCGGCCCCACCGAAAGCGCAGGCCACACUCCUCCUCUUACUCUUCGGACGAAAGCUUAAGUCGACGACCCAGUCGCUCGCCAGAGGAGAGGCUGAGAGCGCCCCGCGCCUCGGGCCCCCGGAAACCCAAGAGGAAGCGCCGGAGGAAAAGAGGCAGCAGGUUCCACGUGGGGUCGGAAGCUCCCAACCUGCGGGAGGAAGGGGGGUCUCCCAGCAGAGGCGAUUCCCCCUUAGGCCCCCGGGAUGAGGCCAUAAGCGAAGCCCCAAACGGGGAAACUAAGCCACAGGGCCGUGCGGGAGCUGCGCGGAGGGCAGAGCGCGCGGGUGCAGCGGGUGCAGCAAGUAUAGCAGGUGUAGCGGGUGUAGCAGGUGCAGCGGGUACAGCAAGUGCAGCAGGUGCAGUGAGUGCAGCGCGUGCAGCAGGUGCAGCGGGUAUAGCAGGUGCAGCGGGUACAGCAAGUGCAGCAGGUGCAGCGCGUGCAGCGGGUGCAGCGGGUAUAGCAGGUGCAGUGGGUGUAGCAGGUGCAGCGCGUGCAGCGAGUAUAGCGGGUGCAGCGAGUAUAGCAGGUGCAGCGGGUGCACCGGGUGCAGCAGAUGCAGCAGAGGCCCGGCCCGCUUCGCCCCCUGGCGGCCCGCCGCCUCCCGAGGCCAGGGGGUGCCCCGAGCAGGUGCCGACGGGGGCCGCCCCCGUGGGACCUGCGCUCGCCUCCCCCGAGCUCGCAGCGGUCUACGCCGCCGGCGCCCCCUCGGAAGCCGCGCUGGGCCUCGCGCCGGUGGGACGCCGCGGCAGGGGGGCGGGCCGCGGCCCUGGCGAGCGCAGCCCCCUGAAGGCGCCCGGCGGCGGCGGCGGCGGUGGUGGCGGCGGUGGUGGCGGCGGCUGCAGACAGCAUCCCCCGGGCCGGCUCCCCGCGGGCAUCCUGGGCGCGCAGGACGGCCCCCCGGUGGCGGCCGCCGAGCCGGUCCUGGCGCCCCUGGCGUGGCCGGAGGCGGCGCUGCUGGUGCCCGUGGAGCCGCUGCGGAAGCUGCGCCGCCUGCCCUGCGAGCUGGGCCCGCACCUGGCGCCCGCGCUGCUGGCGGGCAAGGUGAAGCUGGCGCCGGCCGGGCCGCCCCCGGCGCUGGGGCCCCUGCACGCCGCGCCCUUCAAGGCGCUGCCGCCCCCGCACGGCCCGGGCCUCGCCAGGCCGCCGCUGCCGCUCGUCGCCCUGGGCCUCCCGCCGCUGGCCGCGCCGCCCCUGCCCGUGCUCCCGGCCUCGGCGCUCCCCGCCCCGCUGGCCUUCCCGCCCCUGCCCCGCGCGCUCUUCCCUUCCCUGCUGCCCCCGCACGCGGCGGUCAUCCCGCUGCAGCCGCUCUUCUAG